AUGUCGAAAUUCGCACACAAGGCUGAAGAGGGUUUCACCGGCCACCCUGAAUCAAUCCGCUCAUCUAAUUAUAGGCCUCACGAUUUGAAUCUAGCCAACAAGGUCGACCCUUGUGUGGAUAGCGACCGUGACAAUGCCUCUGAACAUGGUGCUAUCGGGAGACCUUGCGGCCUGCACGACACUAGCAUCGCCAACCAGCUUGGCCCGCGAGUCCACUGCGAUAACGGCAGAAAAAACGCCCCUGAUUAUUACCAUCUUGAUUUGGCUAAGUACUACGGUCAUGGCGGAACCGCUUGCCCACCUAACUCCAUCAUCGCCAACAAGCUCGACCCUCCACUUGACUUAGAUAGAGUUAACGAAGCUCUCGCCGGCAGUAGCCUUGAAAUUUCUGGGGCGAGAAUUUUCGGUCGUCACAACACGGAUGUGGCCAAUAAACUCAACCUGCAUGUCGACUCCGACGUGGAUGAAAGUGGUCUUUGA